AUGGGAAUUUUUAAUGAAAUCGAAUGUAAACAUGUUAAAGAACUGCCAUUCGAUAUUGACGGCUUCUAUCAUUUUCAACUUGAAUGUGAUCCAUCGAAUAUUAUGAAAUCUAGUAAAGAUGGUCGACGUUGGAAAACGUGGUGUACGUCUAAAAGAAAAGAACAUCGCGGAGUGAGGAGAAGAGCAAGGUGUGGGGGAUCAUGGAAAUGUCCCAACGAAGAUUGUUUGUUUCUAAGGAAAAAAGGCUCACCCAACGAUGUCCAGUUUACGAACAACGAAAUCGGGAAAAAGUGUUUUAUCUGCGAAGAAGAGGCUAUUUUUGUGGAGUGCAAAGCUAUAAAAGUUUGGGAGUUCGGUACAUGUAGAGCAAAAGCUAAAAGUUGAUUUCACGAAGCCUUCUUCAUUGAAACCCUCGAAAGCUGUUGCUAACACACGGGUAUGUGCAUUAAAGAAGGCAAUGCAUGGGAAGAAAUUGACGCGUAGGCCGAAAGUCUGGCGGACUCCCGUCGCGUACAAGACACGAAAGCGAAAGCAACGAAAUCGUUAGAGAGUCACGGGUACUCUUUUGAUGCGUUUUGUGAAUUCAAGAAGUUUUGUGACGAGAGACAUCCUAAUCUAUUGUAUCGUUUUAACGACGAGCGACAAAAUGAUAACAAUACGUUUGUCUUCAAAUGUUCCAGAUUUCAAGCAAACCUUGCGAUGAGUAUGGAUUGUGAAAAGAUUGGCCUUUUGCAUGACCAGUAUUGCUAUGCUGAUGCCACACACAAACGUUGUCCCGGGUUUAAGACCAUAACCCUCUGGGUAUAUCACCCUUUACUUCGAAAAUUGGUAGAGUGGAAAGGUACAAUGGAAAGUACUACUGAAGAUACUGAAGCCAUGGUAUAGUUUUGGUCUCUAUUUAACGAGGUAUAGUAUAAGAUCAUUAUGUCAAUGACAACUAGGUCCAGGCUAUUACAUUUCACUUAUAUAUUUCGGGUGUUACAGGACGUAUCUGGUGACAAGACGUAUGUUUUUAAUCCUGCUGGAUGGGUCUUAGACGAAGCCGGAGCUGAGUGGAAUGCUAUCAAAAUUGUAUUCGGAGAGGAUGCUAUGGCUAAAGUUGUAUCGUGCGAAUUUCAUUACAAACAAUCGGUUGGUCGUAAAAGUGGGAAGUUGGAUAAUAAGCACAAGGCAGAAUUUAAAGCUCUCGCGUGGGCGUUAAUGGAAGCAAACACGGUGAGCGUUUUUGGGGAAAAAACGAGCGGAUUUGAAUCGCUUUAUUAAAAAUAAUCCUGCUUACUCCAGUGUACUCAGCUCUUGGGACGAAUGUUGGAACAAUAGGAAAACGCACAUUUUUCGAGCUUUUAAAAACACAAUGAAAACGCCGAAUAUGAACAUGGCAGAAACUGGUCACUCGACAUGGGUUAAAUCAGGUGCAAUUCAUCUCAUUUUGGUAGACGCAGCGAGACAUGAUGUUGGAAAGAACGUUCGUCUGGAGAAGACGGUUCAAGGUUACAUGGAAGGGAGUCUUCGUUCUCGGGAAAAGGUACUAGCGUUAAAGGAACGGAAAAAAGGGACGUGAAAGUCAGAUAAAGAGAGCGAGGGAAUUCGGUGAAGAAGUGUUAGAUGAAGAUUUUGAAGGUGAUCCGUACUCUGUCAAUGAUGCUUGUAGUGUAGUAGAUCCAAGGGCAACACAUAGCCCAACUAAACGGGGGGAAAGUCCAAAAGUUUCCUGUAAAGGGAAGCAAAAGACGUCAUCUAAAACGUGGACAAAGCAAGAAUUGAAAACCAUUAAAAGCGCUAAGUCAGAAGCCAGCGAAAUGUCAAUAACAAGAACAGUUAAAAUAGCCAGUGAUUAUGCGAAGUUUAGUGUUACGCACGGAAAGAAUACUUACGAUGUUGACAUUUGCCACACUCCUUCCUGUUCCUGUCCAGACAAUCGUCCUCGUCCUUACAAGCACAUCUUGUGA